AUGCUGUGUUCUUUGCUCCUUUGUGAAUUUCUGUUGCUGAUAGCAGGCUAUGCUCAUGAUGAUGACUGGAUUGACCCCACAGACAUGCUCAACUAUGAUGCUGCUUCAGGAACAAUGAGAAAAUCUCCCCAGAUGAGCUAUGGUGUAUCAGAGAAAAAGGCUAUCAGUCCUGACCUGUCGUAUGCUGAUGAAAUGUCAGAGUGUUACCGAAGACUUGAUUCUUUAACUCAUAAGAUUGAUGAGUGUGAAAAGAAAAAGAGAGAAGAAUAUGAAAGUCAGAGCAAUCCUGUUUUCAGGAGAUACUUAAAUAAGAUUUUAAUUGAAACUGGAAAGCUUGGACUUCCUGAUGAGAACAAUGGAGAUAUGCAUUUUGAUGCUGAGAUUAUCCUGAAAAGACAGACCCUAUUAGAAAUACAGAAGUUUCUCAAUGGAGAAGACUGGAAGUCUGGAGCCUUGGAUGAUGCACUAAGUGAUAUUUUGAUUAAUUUUAAGUUUCAUAAUUUUGAAACGUGGAAGUGGCGAUUUGAAGAUUUUUUUGGAGUGGAUCCUUAUGAUGUGUUAAUGGUCCUCCUGUGUCUGCUCUGCAUUGUGAUGCUCGUGGCUACCGAGCUGUGGACGUAUGUUCAGUGGUACACCCAAGUGAAACGUAUUCUAGUCAUCAGUUUUCUGAUCAGUUUGGGAUGGAAUUGGAUAUAUUUAUACAAGGUAGCAUUUGCCCAGCAUCAGGCCGAAGUUGCCAAGAUGGAGCAGUUCGACAGUGUGUGUGCCGAGAAGAUGGAUUGGGCUGAAAGCCUUUGGGAAUGGUUUAGAAGUAAAUGGACCUUCCAAGACGAUCCAUGCCAAAAAUACCACGAGCUCCUACUAGUCAACCCUGUUUUGUUGGUUCCACCAACAAAGGUAAUGGCAGUAACAUUUACCAACUUUGUAACGGAACCAUUGAAGCACAUUGGGAAAGGUACUGGUGAAUUUAUUCAAGCACUUAUGAAGGAGAUUCCAGUGUUGCUGCACAUUCCAGUGCUGAUAAUUAUGGCAUUAGCUGUCCUGAGUUUCUGCUAUGGUGCUGGAAAGUCUGUUGGUAUGCUGAGACAUAUAGGUGGUCCAGAGAGAGACCAUCCCCGGGCACUUCCGCCUGGUGAUAGACGACGUUGGGAGGAGAUUGAUGAUAGACCUCGAGGUGGAGCAGGUGAUGCAGAUUUCUAUUAUAGGCGCCAGAUCGAUUCCAGUGAGCGAGGCCCUAAUGACAAAGCAGAUGAGAGUAGAAGAGAUGCUUUGAGAAAGAGAAAUGUUCACUUGAGAUUUCAGACUGGCAACAAGAGCCCUGAAGUGCUCCGGGCAUUUGAUUUCCCAGAAGCAGAGACACAAGAACAUCCCAAGGUGGUACCCAGUAAUAAAUCACCAGUUGUGGAUAUAAAGACAGAGGUUGGUGAGAUCCCAGGAGCAACCACGAUGACAGAAAGCAGCACUAAAAACAGCCAGCCGACUGAACCUGUCUCUGGCCCGGACACACCAGGGAGUGUGGAAGGUUUGCCCACAGCGGACCAGGCCCCACUCAGGACUGACGUCAGAGGCGGCUGCCCAGCAGGCAGUGCUAGCAGCCCUCAGAAAGUGGGCCCCGCAGCAGGCCGAGGGGACGCGGAGGGCAGUCCGUACGGCUAG